AGUCGCAGAAGAAGAAGAAUUUAAUAUUAGUUUUGACUUUCUUAUUAAGUUAGUUUGAAAAUCGAUUCCGUCAAUCGCUAGCGAGUUCACAUUAGGAAAUUACCUCUUGUGAAAUAAAAUUCAAUGAUAACUUCUGAUUAAAAUGGUGCAAAUAUUUAGGUAUUCGUUAAAUAGUAUUAAAAAGUCCGCACGUUCUCAUAUGCGCGGCAAUAUUUUCCUUGAUAGCUUAAGGUUAAAUGUUAAAGGCGGACAUGGAGGAAACGGCUUGCCUAGAUAUGGUGGCGUUGGUGGCCAAGGAGGUUGUAUUUACUGUGUAGCCAAAGAAGGCGUAACAUUGCGAAAUGUAGUUCAACGUUACGCAGAGAAACGUGUAACUGCUUCCAACGGCGAAGACAGUAGUAAGCACCGCCUUCUAGGAAGACGGGGCGUCGAUGAGGAAGUCGUAGUGCCCGUAGGUGUGCAAAUAUACGACGAUCACGGCCAACUACUAGGCGAUUUAAAUGACUCGGAUGCCUCUUGUAUUGUAGCCGGUGGAGGCAUGGGCGGAUGUAGCGGGACGAAUUUUUUGGGUAAACCCGGAGAAAAUAAAAUAAUAAAUUUGGAUUUGAAACUUAUUGCCGAUGUGGGUUUAGUAGGAUUCCCUAAUGCCGGUAAAAGUACUUUCUUGAAAGCCAUUUCAAAUGCCAAACCCAAAAUUGGCUCUUAUCCCUUCACCACCAUCAGACCCCAAAUUGGCACAGUGCAAUACGCGGACUUGCGUUCUAUUACUAUAGCCGAUUUACCCGGUUUGAUUGAGGGAGCACAUGCGAAUUUUGGCAUGGGUCACAAAUUUCUUAAACAUAUAGAACGUACUCGUUUACUUUUAUUCAUAGUAGACAUUUCGGGCUUUCGUUUGUCUCCGAAACAUGAGCGCCGUGAUUUUUUACAAAACAUCUACGCUCUAAAUAAAGAAUUGGAAUUAUACGACAAAACUUUGGUUGACAAACCUUCUGUACUACUGAUAAACAAGAUGGAUUUACCAGAAGCUAAAUAUAUUUUCAAUUCUAAUAAGCCAUUUAUAAAAGAUUUAAGUUUAAAACUCAAUGAAUGUCCUGAGAAUAUUAAGCCUGAAAAACUCUUGAAAUUUGAUGCCCUUAUACCAAUCUCAGCUAAGAAUUCCGCGCGCAUUAGUCACGUUAAGGAAAAAGUGCGCCUUUUAUUAGAUGACCUAGCCGCAAAGGAACAUGUCGCGGAUGCAACGGUAUUAAGGGAGAGUCUUGCAAAUGAAAUUGGAGAAAGAGGGCCGAGAGUUAUUUAAACUGUUACGUUUUAUCUAUAAUUAUAAAAUGUGCUAAUAAGGGCUACUAAGAAGAAAAUAAGAAAAUUGACAUAAAUUUAUAUAAA